CUCUGGGCUCGAUUGCUCCUGCUUGGUCGAGGCGGGGCUGAGCCGUGCUCGGCGAUGGAGGAGGCCGCGGAUGGCGAGCGCAUCUCGGUGCACGACUUCCGCGGGCGGCUGGCGGAGGAGCUGGUGCACUUCCACGCCAUGCGGCUGCGGGACUCGCUCUUCCUCUGGGUCGGCGACGGGCCCCGGCUCGGCAACCUGGCCCUGGCUAUGAGCAGCCCGCGCGACUCCAUUCCAGUAUCUACCUUACUCUUUGGUGAUGCAUCUGACAAUACCUCCAGUUCUUUAGCCCAAAAAUUAGCCAGCAAGACUAAAAAACAGAUUUUUGUCAGCUACAACAUCCAGAAUACAGACAGCGGCUUCAUUCUGCUGGUAGAAAACCGAAUCAAGGAAGAAAUGGCAGCUUUUCCAGACAAGUUUUAGCACGGCGUCACAUAUUUUCAUUGUAUGUCUUCUGUUUCCUGAUAUUUUUUUACAUAAAGUAUAUUAUGCUC